AUGCAUUUGUUUAUGUUGCUGACAUUAGCAGCUCUGGCUGUGGGCAGUAGAAUUGAUGAAACCCAUCCUCAUCUAAAUCACUUGAAAUCAAAUAAACCCGACACCAUCCGAAACCCAAAUGAAUUGGAUUCGGAAUAUUGGUACGACAAUGCCCAAGCGUAUUUACAACAAAAACUACAACAACAAACUAAUUUAAACUUAAAUAAAGCCAAAAAUGUUAUACUCUUUUUGGGUGAUGGUAUGUCCGUUCACACCCUGACCGCUGUACGUUCCUAUAUGGGUGAUGCCUCCAAACAGCUGGUCUUUGAAAAAUUUCCCUAUGUUGGGUUAUCAAAAACCUUCUGUGUUGAUAAACAAGUUCCUGAUUCAGCCUCCACUGCCACGGCCUAUUUAAGUGGUGUCAAGGGUAAUUACGGCACUAUCGGUGUUAAUGGCCAAGUACCCCGCUUUGAUUGUGACUUGGGUCAGGAUAAGUCAUUGCACACCGAAAGUAUUGCCAAAUGGGCUCAAGAUGCUGGAAAGAAAACUGGCCUGGUGACAACGGCCCGGGUAACCCAUGCCUCCCCUGCCGGUGUCUAUGCGCACACGGCCAAUCGUGAAUGGGAACAUGAUGGCAAGAUUCGUGACAAUGGAUGUGACUCCGUGGCCAAUGUGGACAUUGCCCGGCAGCUGGUGGAAUGGGAUGUGGGCUCGCAGUUAAAUGUCAUUAUGGGUGGUGGACGUCGCAAUUUCCUCAAUGAAAGUGUUGUUGAUGAGACUGGCAUUCCUGGAAAUCGUACCGAUGGUCGUAACCUCAUCGAAGAAUGGCUGAAGCGUAAGGAAGUUGAAAAUAAAAAGGCCGCCUAUGUUUGGAAUAAAAAGGAUAUGGAAAAUUUGAUUAGCCAGGAUGUGGAUUAUGUUUUGGGUUUAUUUGCCCCCUCACAUUGUCCCUAUCAUGGAGAUUUGGAACGUUUGGGUCUGCAGGAUGAUAUACCUUCGCUGAGUGAAAUGACCGAAGCGGCCAUUAGGCAAUUGGAAAAGUCGGAUAAGGGAUAUUUUUUAUUUGUGGAAGGUGCCAAAAUUGAUAUGGCCCAUCAUGACACGAGGGCUAGGAGGAGUAUGGAAGAAACUGAGGAAUUUAAUCGAGCUGUGGAAGUGGCCUUGAACAUGACUAACGGCGAUGAGACACUUAUUGUGGUGACUUCCGAUCAUUCACAUACCAUGACCAUUAAUGGGUAUCCGUCCCGCAAUGCCGACAUUUUGGGUCUCAAUGAAGAUAAGGCCGCUGAUGGUUUGCCCUAUACCAUCAUCGCCUAUGCCAACGGCCCUGGUUAUGAGAAAACUUUCUCCGCUAAAAAAGGUCGCAAAGACCUAAGCGACAAAGACUUCACCGAUCCCAAACGUAAAUAUAUGGCCGCAGUGCCAUUGGAAUCGGAGACACAUGGUGCCGAUGAUGUUGCCAUUUUUGCCCAGGGUCCAUUGGCCCAUUACUUUAGUGGUAAUUAUUUACAAACUCACUUGCCCAUGUUAAUGGCUAGGGCAGCAAAAAUUGGUCCAUUUGCCUGGUAA